AUGGGGUUUACAGAAUUGACAAGUGCUGGAGGAAGAUUGGUAUUCAGGAUUUUUAGUGAUGAUCGCGGUGACCGUCCAAGACCCUUGCCAAAGAUAAAGGAGCUGCAAGGUGCAACUGAUAUAACAGAGAGGAAAGGGCGUCCUUCAUGGGAUUAUGAUGAGAAAGAUGGCUGGAAAUGGAUGGUGCCUCUGCCAGUCAGCAAGAAGUCUGUUCUCUCUCGGGAUCCUGAGACCGACAAGCAAAUCCGGAGAGCAACAAAGCGUGCUCGUUUGUGGCGUUUGGAUGCACCAUGGGUCUGUGAUAUGGACUGGUACUAUGAUAUGAAAAGGUGGGUUUUGAGAAGGAUAGCAUCUCGUCCUUUUCCAAUGUUCUGCACUGGGUGUUUGGACUGGGGACAAUCUUUAAUAAUAAAGAUGUUCCUCAUUAAGUCAAAAAGAAAAUUCAAGAAGGAGACACUUAUGGCGAAGGGACAAAUAUUAGCUGUUCUUCAAAUAGGUGGAGAAUUCACCACCGAUGAAGAUGGACACAUGUCAUAUUCUGGUGGAGAGGCACAUGCUAUGCAUGUCCAAAGUGACUGGACUUUUAGCGCAUUUAAGCAAGAGAUAUCGUCGACACUUAACAAUCUGAAGCUUGACCAGUUUGCAUUCAAGUAUUUCCUUCCAAAGAAUGAUAAAACUUUGAUCUCUAUUUCCAAUGACAAGGACCUACGACGCAUGGUUGAAUUCCAUGCAGAGUCAGAUUCAACAUACAUUUAUGUCAUGAAGAAAGCUGACAACAGGUCAAAGAGCAUUCUUGCUGUCUCGGCCACUCCCACAGAUGCCUUUGCCAUUGCCCCAACAACUCAGGAUGGGUCUAAGAGACAAAAGGUUUGUGCAAGUUGGAAGAAUGUGAUAACUGGAGUUGGCCAAGUGUUUGAAGGACCUAAGGAUUUCCGUGAUGCCUUGCAUAAGUAUGCCAUUGCACAUAGGUUCCAUUAUAGAUUUAUCAAGAACGAUUCAUCUCGUGUGACUGCUGAGUGUACUGAUGAAGGUUGCCCAUGGCGAAUACAUGCUUCUAAGUCCCCUGCAAAGAAAGAAUUUAUGAUCAAGAAAAUAUCUGAAAGCCACACCUGUGAAUCAGAAACAGCCAAAAGUAAUCGGUUGGCUUCUCAGCGAUGGGUUGCUAGUGUCAUAAAAGAAAAGUUGCGUGAUAGUCCAAACUACAGACCAAGAGAUAUUGCAAAUGAUCUUCAACGAGAGUAUGGACUAUGCCUGAACUAUUCACAGGCUUGGCGUGGAAGAUCAAUUGCUCAGAAGGAACUUUAUAGUACACACGAAGAGGCAUGCAGUCAGCUGCCUUGGUUUUGUGAAAGGAUUGUAGGGACAAACCCUGGAAGUGUGGCAACUGUAGUGGCCUUGGAAGAUUCAAAGUUUCGUUUCUUUGUUGCAUUCCAUGCGUCGCUCCAUGGUUUUGAGCAUGGGUGCAGGCCGCUACUUUUUCUUGAAGCGAUAACUGCAAAGCCCAAUAAGCAUUGGAAGCUACUGGCUGCUGCUUCAGUUGAUGGUGAAGGUGAUGUGUUCCCAGUUGCUUUUGGUGUUGUGGAUGAUGAGUCGCAUGAAAAUUGGCAUUGGUUUCUUGAGCAACUAAAAUCUUCACUUGGGACAUCUCGGACCAUCACAUUCAUAUCGAAUGGAGAACAUGGACUUUGGGAUGUAGUAUCUUCGGUUUUCCAAGAGAGUCAUCAUGGCUACUGUGUGGAGUCUCUUAUUGAAGAAUUUAAGACGCAACUGGAUGAUGCAUGGACUGAGGAACUAAAAGAUUCCAUGGUUGAGCAUCUUAAGAAGGCCAUAUAUUCAUGCACAGCUGAUGAGUUCAAUCAGUAUAUUGAGCUCAUCAAAAGUGAAUCUGACAAGCUUGCUGAUUGGCUCUUGGAGAUCAAACCUGAGCAGUGGUCAGAUGCUUUUUUUAAGGGAUCACGUCAUGGGCAGUAUUCUUGUAAUAUUUUUGGCACUGUGUCUGAGUGGAUUCCCACGAGAUAUGAGCUUUCAGUUGUGCAAUUGGUUGACACGAUAAGGUGCAAGCUGAUGGAGAUGAUGUACACACGCAGGGAAUCUUCCAAUGCAUGGACUGAGGUAUUAACACCGGCAGCCAAUCAGAAACUUCAGGAAGAGGUGAACAAAGCCCACACCCUCAAUGUCCUUCCAGCAGAAAACGAUGAAAAUGGCAAUGUGUUUAAGGUCUGUGAUGACUCAGUUAAUGUUGUCAACCUUGACACAUGGGAAUGCACCUGCCAAAGGUGGCAUAUUUCUGGGCUGCCGUGCAUGCAUGCGAUUGCCGUAUUGGACCGCACCGGGCAAUAUGCAUAUGACUACUGUGUGAAGUACUUCACAACAGGAUGCUACCGUUUGACCUAUUCCUUGUCAAUAAAUCCCAUACCUGAUGUUGUGCUGCCUACAUUAAUUGACGCAGCUCAGAGCCCAGCAACAUACCCAUGCCCACUGCGAACCCGGCGUCGGGUUGGCCGGCCAAAAGAGAAGCCUGCUGAUCCUCGCAUUGCAAUCAAGAGGGCAGUGCGCUGCAGCAGGUGCAAGGGUUAUGGCCACAACAAGGCAACCUGCAAAGUUCCUAUCAGCACAUAG